AUUUGCCUCAACAUCAAGAGAAUCUACCCUCAUGAAUCUAUUUUUGAUGAAUUCAAAUCCAGCCUGGUGAAUCAUGUCAAAGCCUUCAAAUUCGGCGAUAGCUCCCAGCAAGGAUAUGAGCGGGUCAAGACUUUCUUUGACGAUAUCAAAAGCCAGGAUUGGGAUGUUGCUGUGGGUGGAGAAAUGAAUAGCUCUCCUGGCUACUUUAUCACUCCCACUGUGAUUGAUCGGCCUCCUGAGAAUUCCCGUAUUGUGGUUGAAGAGCCUUUUGGUCCAAUUGUUCCUUUGCUAUCGUGGAAAGACGAAGAGGAGGUUAUUUCUCGUGCGAAUAAUACUAGAAUGGUCCUUGGAGCAUCUGUGUGGACAAAUGACCUGACAAAGGCCGACCGAGUCGCCAGACAGCUCCAGGCUGGAAAUGUGUGGGUAAGCACACACUUUGAUCUCUCUCCUAUGGUGCCAUGCGGUGGUCACAAGGAAAGUGGGAUUGGUACAGAAUGGGGCACAAACGGUCUGAAGGGAUUCUGCAAUGCGCAAACUCUAUUUUGA